GUGAUUCAGGAUUUAAGAGUGGGCCACAAUCUUCAAGACCAUAUAAGUGCGGGGGUAUUAUGUUCUUAGUGAAUGAAGAAGUUUCAAUCGUACAGAGCAGACUGAUUAAUAUUAGCUAUGCCCUAGAGUACGCUAUAUCCGGAGACGGUCCUUUGACAACCUUAGGAUUUAAUGAAGCACUAGGUUUUAUUAAUACCAAAUAUGCGAAUGCCUCCGACGAUUUUCCAGACAUACAAAUACAUAUGUGGUCAACGGGGGACUACUCCGAGAGCACUAGAAAGAUUUUUGGAUUGACGAGAGAAUUCUAUGAUGCCGUAUAUAGAGAUGUUCACAAUAAGGACGGGUGGAGUGUGUAUCCUACCCUUUUAAGACCUAAAAGUAGAGGAAUUAUCAAGCUUCGGAGCAACAAUCCUUUCGAUCACCCAUUGAUUUAUCCAAAUUAUUUCAAGGAGCCAGAAGACAUGGCCACAUUGAUCGAAGGAGUUAAAUUUGUACUCGAGAUGAGUAAAACUGUUUCGCUUAGACGUUACGGCAGCAAACUGAAUCCGAAUCCAUUUCCUGACUGCAAGCAUAUCCCAUUG